AGGCUGCGGCACCAAUAUUUCCAGACAGAUGACUCCUCUGGUAGUCAGUAUUUUCCAGAAGACCAUAAAGGUUCCUCUUUGCCAGAUCCCGAGGUUGAUACAAGCAACAGGGAAUUGGAAUUACAAUCUGGCAGCGUUGAUAACAGUCAGCCAUCUGCUGGACAGUCUGACAGUAUUUCUCAUCAGACCAGGGCAUGUCGACCAGUCCGGCCUCCGAACAAAUACAAAGAUUUCUGUUAAAUGAAAACCCCCUAGAAUUUUGUUAAGUGUAUAUAGAACAAGGGUUAUUAGGAUAUGUAGGGACAUGGUGUCUCUUGUAUCAUUUUGUGUAUAUGUUUUCUUAAAAGAGGAAAUUUUUGUAUGCAUACUUUAACUGAUUUUACAUUCAUUUAUAGCUGUUAUAUUUUGCCAUUUUCAUAAAUUCAUUUUACCGGAUGCAUUCUGAUGGGGAAUUAGAUGAGAGCAAGUUUGUCCCAGACUAUAACGAGGAGUUAACACCAUCCCAGAGCAGCCAUGGUGAGCCCGCAUUAACGAACACGAGCAGCCUCUGCUCGAUGGAUCUGAUGAUUCUGGACGAGGUUCGUUGCUCAUCAGACGAGGUAGAGGAUCCCAAAGAACCCGUGAACCAGCUUUGUGCCGACCAGACGAAGGAAGCUGUGUUAGAUAAACCCUUGCCAACUAGACAGGAGGGAGCUGCCUACCACUGCCCUCUGUGUCAGAUAAGCCUGAGUGGUCAUGUCAAGCGUCAUGUCUUCAGGGUCCAUCUCCCACCGUUCUGGGGCGGCAAUUGUAACCAAUGUGACUCUAGUGCUUCUCAUACGCUCUCUCUAGUGGGGCAAAUGGGAGACCAGCAUUUUCACAAUUGGUGUGAAUUGGUUAAUGGGUCGUUGCAUCUCCUGGGAAAGUGGGUAGGAGUAGACACUCUAGAGCAGUUGCUAAAUUUUGUUGUUGCACAUCAAUUAUACCCAACAGUUGGGCACUUCACUGACACCGAAAUUAGACUAAUGUCAUUUUAUGCAAGACAUUACAGCAACCAUGUUCCCAGCCAGUUUCAAACUUCACCGCCCAAUCACGUGAUUUGCAUCAUCCAUUGGCAGGUGCUUUGUACUGUUCUUCGACAGCUGUCUCCAGAGAAGCACAAUUUAUUCCGGACUUCGAGACAGUCUUGUGGUGGCUUGAACAAUUUUGCAGUAGUGGUCGAUUCCCAUUUUCACCUUGACCAGAUGUUUGCAAGGGGAAUCAUCUCGGAGUGUUCGGAGGUUUUUUCACCCCUAGCUAAACUAGGCCAGUUUCAGCUGUUGUAUGCCGUAGCCAAUUAUGUGUUUCCCAAACACUGGUCACUGUGGGAGAGUCAAGUCAGCAAGAACAAGCAGGUUCGUGUAACCUUUGGAAUACACCCCCAUCUUUCCAGCCGAAUAUCGCUUGAUAUGUUGUCAGAGCUCCGAAGACUUGUAGCCCUACCAGAAUGCAUAGUAGUUGGAGAGAUUGGAAUUGACAUGACCACUACUUGUGAUUGUCAGCACCCGUGUUCCCGGCCAGCGUGUAGGAAGGCAUUACUCCAUAGCCAAAUGGACAUUCUCUCCGAGUUGUUGGUGUUGGCCAUGGAGACCAACAAGGCUGUUGUGUUAUAUUGCAGAGACUCAGGGACUGGAGAGGCGGCUAAACAUGUGCUACAAGCAAUCAGGAUGUUGGACAUGGAGGGACAUCUGUUCCAUCGCCACUGUUUCACCGGCUCAGUUUCUGAGGCAGAGGAAUGGAUGGAGAGUUUGCCGUCUGUACUGUUUGGGAUUUUUCCUAAAAUCUACACAGACAGGUCAGUUCAGAAUGAUGCUCGGUUCAUCCCUCUUGAACGAAUGAUAUUGGAGAGAGAUAGCCCAUACCUAGCCGCAUGUCCAGCGGAGACAGUUGAUGUUGCUCGUGAAGUGGCAAAGCUGAAGGCCCUGUCCAUCGAGGAUGUUCUCAGGUCUACUUCCAUGAAUGCGGCCCGCCUUAAUGAAUAUUUAUUCACUCGUCUCACGACACUAUCAUCAUUACUGUCAGAAAUGUUGUCUGGACUGUCCUCUGAAGAGCUAGAGAUGUCAUCAGAAUCACUGUAA